CACAAGUAAUCAAAACAAGGACGAAACACAGUGGUGCAAAUAAAGCGGCUGUGAAGAGACAAUCUGAAGUCCCAGCAAUAGAGAACUCGAAAAUGACAACGUUUCAAUAUUUGGGAAUAUCAGUACGUUUCAUCAUCGUACUCUACUCAGCCCAGCAUUCAGAACAGCCAGAGACUCGGCAGGUGAAUGGCAUCGUGGGAACAUUUUUCUAUUUUCCAGAAAGGGUGUUGACAUCUGGCAAUUUACUUUAUGGAGACCUUGGCAAUAUUGCACAGGUGUACCCUGGUAAACAAAGUAAUACAAACCUUGAGAAGAGAUAUAAAAACCGCCUUCACUGGAACAAUGUUACUGGAGUCUUCACUUUGUCAGACCUACAAAUAGACGAUUCUGGGGUUUAUACUGUGGAGAAUGGAGAUGCUGAAGAGAAGAUGACGCAUACAUUUCAGCUGACUGUGUACUAUGUUCUGUCCAAACCUCAGGUGACUGUUCAUGAUAACAUCUCCUGUAGUGUUGUGUGUUCUGUGGAGAACGGGAGAGAGGUGACCCUGUCCUGGUACAAAGGAGGGGAGAUACUCAACCAGACCAGCAGCCCUGACCACAACAUCACCCUCUCUAUACCUCUGAAGGUGGAUGAACAGAACAGAGACUCUUACAGAUGUGAGGCUGCCAACCCAGUCAGCAAGGAGACAGCUGUUGUUCCACAUUCCUGUAUAGAGAGUGAUCCCUUCAAGGUGACAGAUGGUGAUUGUCUUAUUAUUGCAGUAAUCUGUGUUCUGGUUGCCUCAGGACUUGUUGUUCUUGCAAUAUAUCUGAAGAAGAGGAGAAACGAACACUCACAUGCAGGUAUUCAUCUUUUAAUGGGGAGGAGCGAACAGGUAUACAAGGACUGGAGUCACUUAGAGACAACCCUAACCUGACAGUUUAUGAUACACUCCAGUAACAUUGCAUGGCUACCAGCGAGGAUGUUAACACUGCAUGAAGGAGCAAAACAGGAAGGUUCUGAGAGGGUGACAUGGCAAAUUCACACAUGAGAAGGUGCUACAUCUUAAAGUGGAUGUUGAGACAGUAAUUUUAAAUAUUUGUUUAGAAAAAUUAAUGUAGGCACAGUUGUUACUGGAGAAAAUUCCCAUUUAACCAUUGCGCUUUUAUCAUUUCAGAAUUCCUGUGUUGGUCAUUCUCACUUGUUUUUGUUGAAUUGGGGCCUCGGAACUUCAUUGAUACAGACAAAUUCAAUAGCUAUGCCUAGGGUUAUUAGUAGGUUGAUCCCUCUUUUCAAGUGCCCAUUGUCCCAAUGUAUAGGUUAAAACAAAUGCAAUCUCUUUUUUUAAUACAUUUCACUAGUGUGUUUGUUAUGCUAUUACUGGGCCAAAGCUUAUUUUCAGUAUUGUCUGUUCUGUUGUUUAAAUGUAGGUGCCUCCCCUGUAUCUUUUUAUAGCUGGUCAUUGUUUAGCUUGCCAGUGGAUAGCAGCGGUGUGUAUAUAAAGGCUGUUAGGCUACGUUGGAAACAAAAUCCACAAGUUUAUAUUUUCACCAUGUAGAUUCUAUUGAAACAUUUUUGAGUGGUCGAUCUUGAUUUGCAUUUUGACUCAAAUGAUCUUUGGUGACAUACUCAUACUGCUUUUUGCAAAAUGCAGGCCUGAUUAAGUGUAGUUGUCAAGCAAGAUCUGAACAAGUGUGUUCAUGCAGUUUGACUGUACAAAAUCAAACUGUUUAGUUAUGAUGGACCAUUUAUUGCUUGUCUUUAUCUAUACAGUAUGUAGCUAAUCUCUUAAGAAUACAAUCAGUGGGGGAGUGGUCUACGGCACUGCAUCGCAGUGCUAGCUUUGCCACUAGAGCUCCUGGUUUGAGUCCAGUCUCUGUCGACCCAUGGGGAGGUGCACAAUUGGCCCAGUGUUAGGGGAGGAUUACAAUCACUCAACUCUGCACACUCCUUCUAGAGCAUUUUGUGCUCCACCUACAGUGGGGCAAAAAAUGUAUUUAGUCAGCCACCAAUUGUACAAGUUCUCCCACUUAAAAAGAUGAGAGGCCUGUAAUUUUCAUCAUAGGUACACUUCAACUAUAACAG